CACUACCGUCACAGUAAAGAAUCUCGUCCUCGUAUCUAAUCUAAACCAUCUGUCUUUCAGUCUGAAGCCAUUCCCCUUUGUCCUGUCACUACAUGCCCUUGUAGAAAGACUCUCUUAGUCUUUCCUGUAGGCUCCCUUCAGGUACUGAAGGCCACAAUAUGCUAACCUGUAAACCUUCUUUUCUCCAGGGUGAGCAAUGCCAAUCCUCCUAGCCUUUCCUCACAGGAGAAGUGCUCCAUCCCACUAAUCAUCUGGUCCUCUGGACCUGCUCCAGCAAGUCAGUGUCCGUCCUGUAUUUCAUAACAAUAUGGAUGACUAGGUUAGGGAGAAAGAAAGAAACACGUGUAUAUGGUUGCGCUUGGUCUGUCUGAACAAGUCUGAAGAAGGAAAUACUGUUCUCACCGGUCCUUCUUUCUUUAUUGUGUUAUAAGAUAGAUACAUUUCCUUGCCUUUCUGGGUAUCAAAACCAGGCAACAAAAUGUAAUUCAAACACAGAAGUCCAUGUGUGAUAUUAGAUUCAUUAGCUGUACCAAGAGAAACGGAGUAGUGGUCUAUGUGGUAAUUGACAAAAUGACAACAUUUUGAUUUAAAGGCAAAAUUAAGGGAAAAAUGCGAAACAGAAACCUGAAAGAGUGGCUAGUUCAUGUAAAUUUAAAAAUACAGUUGAGUUACUGUAAGAUCUAGCUGUGAGGAACAGCUGUACAACAGCCUAUGCAGGGAAUUUCGAGAAUAUCAAUGUAUUGGUGAGUCACAGGUUAAAGCCCUUGUGCAUGAGAGGAUAUUCCAGCACUCCUACCUUAGACAUGUUUCUUAAAGAGAAGUAAAUCCAGCCAUAAUGCCAUCAAGUGAAUUCUUCUUGUCAGUUCUAAGCACAUUCUCCAGCUUUUUGAAGAAUAACAAUUAAAUUAAGUUCUCCCAAAUGUGGGAUUUUCCAUCAGUAACCCUGAUUGCUAUCAGCUGGGAUUUGUGAGAAGCCUCUCAUCAUGCAUGACCUUCUGAAGAGAUUAUUUUGGUUUGUUACUCUAGCAGGGGGUGGUCUCUGAGGAAGGCGUGGGGCUGCUCUUGUGCCCACUCUCAUGACCAAUACAGGGCUGGAAGCUGGCUUUUUGUUUCUUUCCUUUUUAUUUAUAAGGUUUGUCCAUUACCUUGUCUCAGUGACUUAAAUCCAUUCCCUUGCUUAACAUUAGUCAAAAUUUCCCUUAAAUGUUCUUGUUAUUGGGAUACAGCUCUCAACGUACUAGGUUCAGGUCUUCAAGAUACUGAUCCUGGGGUUCAUCUGUUAUAUAGAAAUGGCAUGUGGGACUCAGUUAACAGGCUUACCUGAGGCAGUCACCUUUACUGGGAAUUGAGCAUUCAGAAUGAAGAGAAUACUCUGUAAUCUCACUGAUUUUUUUUUACUUUGCUAGAAUCUGCCUGAUGUUGCUGAUAGCAUCUAAUGUUCUAUCAGCAAUCACAUCUUCUAAGCUAUGUCCGGUGUAAGAUACAGAGGAGGCAUUUCCUGAUGAUGUAAGCCAUUGUUAGUUAUCAAAUGCUUUUCAGAAAGGACCUUGCUUCACAUGGGGAAAAUGAAAAAAACCCUGCAAAACUGUUAGAUUUUCUAAUUUUGUCUAGAAAAAAAUAAUAAUUAAGAAACUUUCUCUCUUGAGAUUGAAAGAACACAUCUGGAGGCAAAAGAAGUUAAUCAAAAGCUUUGUUCCUUUUUGCUAUGCAAUAUAGGAUCGUUUUGCUAUAGAAGAUCUAUGCCCACAGGGUCCAAAUCAGGACGACUUAUGGUGCGGCUGGCAAUAGCCGAGAAGGCGCUGAAGUGCGAGGAGCACGAUGUGAACCUGCCGCUGAGCGAGCACAACGAGCCGUGGUUCAUGCGCCUGAGCUCCUCUGGAGAGGUACCCGUCCUGAUCCAUGGGGAAAACAUCAUUUGUGAGGCAACGCAGAUUAUUGACUACCUUGAGGCGACGUUUGUAGAUGAGGAAGUACCAAGAUUAAUGCCAGAAGAAGGGAGCAUGUAUUAUCCAAGGGUGCAACACUACAGAGAGCUUUUAGACUCCUUGCCUAUGGAUGCCUACACACAUGGCUGCAUCCUGCACCCUGAGUUAACAGUGGACUCCAUGAUUCCAGCCUAUGCUACCAGCAGAAUCCGUAGCCAAAUAAGUAACACAGAAUCAGAGUUGAAGAAACUUGCAGAAGAAAAUCCAGACCUUCAAGAUGCCUAUAUAGCAAAACAGAAGCGCCUUAAGUCUAAACUGCUGGAUCAUGAUAAUAUAAAAUACCUAAAGAAAAUACUGGAUGAACUAGAAAAAGUUUUGGAUCAGGUUGAGACUGAAUUACAGCGGCGAAAUGAGGAAACACCAGAAGAUGGAAAUCAGCCUUGGCUCUGUGGUGAUUUCUUCAGUCUGGCAGAUGUGUCACUUGCUGUCACAUUACAUCGCCUGAAGUUUCUGGGAUUAGCAAGAAGAAACUGGGGAAAUGGAAAGCGGCCCAACUUGGAAGCUUACUAUGAGCGUGUCGUGAAGAGAAAAGCAUUUCACAAAGUUUUGGGACACGUCAACAAUAUAUUAAUCUCGGCUGUCCUGCCAACAGCAUUCCGUGUGGCCAAGAAAAGGGCUCCCAGGGUUCUUGGCAGCACCCUGCUGGUCGGCAUGCUGGCAGGGGUGGGUUAUCUUGCUUUCCUGUGUCUUCGGAAGAGAUUUGCCAGCAUGGUGCUAUCGAUUAGAACCAGGCAAAGUUAUUUUUAGACCUUGUCUGUCCCUGGUGGUGAGUGGAGGGCAUCUUUACCCCCCAGGAAAAUAUCUCCAAUAAAAUAUAAAUGUAGAAGAACAGUUAUGUCUGUGAAUUAGAACAUUGUCACAGAGUAAUCAUCUCCUGCUGCUGUAUAAUUGGGCUGGCAAUUCUGAGAUAUUUUUCAAAAAUAUGUGUUGGGGGAAUGACAAAGGAAAGAAGAGACUUUCUUUUCAGCCAAGGGCCUAUAACUGUGAGAGUGCUUUGUUGAAGUGAUUAUGGUCUCCUUUACCCAAUAGCUGACAUAAUUAAAUGCUUUUAUUUAAUAGCUACGCAGCAAUGUGACAGCUUUUCACUGUAGAUGAAAUGCAUUAUUGGGUAGAAACCAGCAUUGUUAAAAUACUGAAAAUAGCUCUUACUUUAAAUGCUCAGAGUAAGAUUUAAUUGGAACAUUGUGCCUGUUGUGUACAGGAGCAAGUUUCUCCGUACUGAUUAUUGUCUGUUGGCUUGCAGUUGGACCUUUAAGAAUGUGUUAAAAAGUAAUCUUGUGAAGCCACUUUUGUCAUUAUAUGUUCAUGCAGCAGUACAGGAAAAGACCUGAAACAGGUAAGAACAUCAGUCAUUUGUGUUCCACACAAGGGAAGUUCUCCAGAAGCAUCACUGGACAACAGAUAUUAGAAUUUUGCUGAAAUACAGGUGGGAGCUAAACACCUGACACUUCUCUUUUGACAGCCUUUUGUGCCCAGCCUCAAACUCCGGCAGAAUAAAAUCAAACUAUCUUGGUGCACAUUUGCUGCUUUCUUUGGGGUGGCUUGAUACAGUUGCCUCCAUAUGAAUGUCCUGUGUACCCUUUUGUGUUUCACUCUGAGCACUGGCUAUUUUUUGCACACUUCUUGGCAACAUUAGCAAUUGCACAUGUCUCUACAAAAUGCUUGCCCACAAUGUGCCACAGCCAACUAGAAAACACAUGCAGAGCCUUUUUGUAUAAGUAAUUAAAAAUAGUUCACUAUCUAUCAGUCUGGUUAGGUAGCCUAGACUGAAGGUAAGUCAAGCUGUAAUUUAGCAAUCUGUUUACUUAUGGAUAGGGGUCGUGUUGAUGGUAAGUGAAAAAUACAGUAAGUUUGGAAACGAUUUGUACUGAUGAUCUUUUGUAAAACUGCAGUCUUGUAGCAUGGAAGAAAGGUGUAUAAAAUAUUUUGAUUACUUCCUACUACUCAACAGAUGCUGUGAAUUUUAUUAGUUUUGAACUGAGCUCCCAUUUCAACAAGAAAUGUACAUUUACCUGAAGAUAGAAUUUGAAUAAUUUUUCAGCAAAGAAAAGCAUUUGGGAAGGGCUGAAAAUUCUCAUGACAGUUUAGUAAGACUUUUGUAUGCUUGAUGAAUGUUUGGAAGCCUCAGAAUUUUCUUUACAAGUUUUACAUAGCUGCCAAGAAUAAGGCAUAACUUUAAGUGUUUGCCUGUCAACAAUCAGUGCUAACAGGCCCAAGUACGUUUUAGGUCCAGGGCUGGUGGCUGUUGUCUCUCUGUACAAUUGCAUUUAAGUGUCAAGAAUGUCAUCUCAAGUUUGUUGGAGAGAACUAAGGCAGUUUCUGUCUGGGCACUCUCACCAUCUAACACAUAUUAAUAUAAAAUUAUUGGAUACUCCUGCUUAUUAUUUAAUAUUGUACUGGUUGUCUAGCAAAAGUAGACCAAAUCUCAUUACUCCUUUUCAGUAAUAAGAAACAUCUAACCUAGGAAAAAAAGUGCUUUUUUAUUUGUCUAAAAGACAGUUUUAUAUAAUUCUAUUUAUGAUCCAGUGGUUUCAAGAACUUGUUGAAUUAAAUGUGCUCUAUUUAGAAAAGCUUUAUUAUCUCUAGAGUGGGUUUAAUCCAACAAUACUAUUAAUAUACUGGCAGCUUUAACUGAUUUUGUUGUUAGUGUGUUGCAGUUCAUCUGCAUUUACUUGUAGCUAUCAAAUUCCACUAAGUUAAUAAACACAAAGUAAGA